GGGGAGGUAUUACACCUGAGUUUCCAUGGGAUGCCGAUCUCACAGGAUUCAUCUGUGGGGCAGGGCGAUAUUUCUGCUCUUUCUAUUCAUCUGUAUCUCAGUUCUCUCCUUAUAACUCACAGACACACACCGAACAGACACCACUGGCUCAGACAAUGGCCUUCAUCGUCCAGGGCUGGUUUAAAACCUGCUUCAUCUUCCUGCUCCUUGUAGCCUUCAUUGGGCUCGCCUUUGUCAACAUGUACAACAUCUCCUUCGAACCUUCCAAAGUGUGGCUCACCAGUGUUGGUCGACGGCUUCACUCUUUUCCCUUCUCAAUAAACAUCCAAAGGAUGGGCAACCGAAUGCUGAUAAAGCAGCCUCCUUUUCUCCACCACAACCAAACAGCUGGGGAAGAGAUACUCAAUACCACACAUGUAGUAGUGACUGUGACGAGUGGACUUAACACCACAGAUUCGAUCAAUCAGAACGUAACAAUGACAAGCGUUCCGAUGACACAACAUUACCACGAAGCAUAUCCACAAAACUACCAUUUCAUCAUAGAUGAGCCAGAUAUAUGUGCUCAACAGAAGCCAUUUUUGGUUCUCAUGGUACCAGUGGCUCCUCAACAACUGGAGGCUCGCAACGCCAUCCGGAGCACGUGGGGUAACGAGAGUGUUGUUCAAGAGAAAAAAGUCAAUGUCUUGUUCAUACUCGGCUUAAGGGGAGAAGCAGACAGGGAGAAACAGCAAAAGCAGUUGAGUUUGGAAAGCCAGAAGUACCAUGACCUGAUCCAGAGUAACUUCAUAGACACAUACAAUAACCUGACCACAAAGACCAUGGUGAUCAUGCACUGGCUCGCCACACACUGUCCUCAAGCAUCCUACGCCAUGAAGAUAGACUCUGACAUGUUCUUAAAUCUGGAAAAUCUCAUGAGCUUGCUCCUGGCACCAGACACGCCCAAAGAAAACUACAUGACUGGGAUGGUUAUGUGGAACCGGCCUGUCAUUCGAAACAGACAAUCCAAGUGGUACGUGCCAAAGGAAAUGUACCCAGAGGACAUCUACCCUCCAUACCUGUUGGGGAUGGGUUAUGUCUUUUCCAAUGAUCUUUCAGAGAAGCUUGUCAAUGUCUCGAAAGACAUACAGCCAUUUUACAUUGAGGAUGCGUACGUGGGUGCAUGUUUGAAAAAACUGGGACUCACACCUUCGAAUCCUCCCAACCCGUCCCAGUUCAAGGCUUAUUAUAAUGGUGUAUAUAAACGCAGUGAGUUUGCCAGGGUCAUCACAACUAUCCUCAGCUCCCCACAGCAGCUAGUAACAUUCUGGCAGGACCUAAAACGGCCGACAUGAUCAAGAGCAAUACGUCUUUAGAGCACAAUAAAAAUAUUCACGAGUGACCGGGAAUUGGCCAUGAUUAAAUUCAGGGGAAAAUCAUUGGGAGAAAAAAAAAACCCUCAGGUCUUAAUGCACUGUCAAAUGUUACAUAAAAUUCAUGUCUCUGUGGAUUUCUUCCAGGUCCUCUAACUCCCCUUGAAAAAUUCUGGUAGGCACAUUGGCGACUCUAAAUUGUCCUGAAGUGUAAAUGAUGGUUGUAUAAUGUAUGUGAUGAACUGCCAUCCCCUACAAAGUAUUCCCUCCUCGUGCCCAGUACUCCAUGGACAGACUCUGCUCCGCCAUGAGCCUGUCCAGUACAACCAAAAAUAAAUAAAUAAAUAAAUAAAUAACACAAAAUAAUUACUACAACAAUGUUCAUCCCCCUUAUAUAGCUUGCAGGUCCAUGCAUGUUUUGUUAAUUUAAUUUUUGUUUGAAAAUGACAAUAGAAUUCCACAGAAAACCCCCCGUUUUUUUUAUUUUGUUGUUUCUUGGUGCUCAUCAAAUUUAAUUAAAUAUUGACCCAUUUUUAAAGGGGAACUGAAGUCAUUUUUAAAAUUGCUUUAUUUCUUAAUUAACGUGUUAUUCAAUUACGUUUUCGGUUUUAGUAACCUUAUAUCAUGACUCGUAUUGGCAACUAAUUGCAAUUAAAUAUUAUACUUAUCGGCCUAUUAGUUUUUUAGCCACGUUGAAUUUAGUUCAUUUGGUCCACGGCAGGCGUCGCUUAUCUGGGUGAUCUUCACGAGACUUGCGUGAGACUUCAAAACGUGACGUGUCAGCCAGGUGUCAGUGCCGCCAUUUUGAAAACUGUUUUCCAAACGAAAUAUUGCACAAAAACGAGUUUAAAUGAUGAUUACUGCCUACUUUUUUCAAACUGUCCUGAUUGCUAUCAAAACACACAAAACUUCCGGUUUGAUUACAUCAGCAUUCAAAAGAGGGCACGCGCAUCUUUUGACAACGCUGGCAGACGCUGGUUACUUUCCCUGUGUCUGAACUCGCUCCCUACUCACUAUAUAGGGCACUAUACAGUGAGGACGCCAUUUUGUAGUGCUGUCCGAAACCUGAGUGAGGAUUAUUUACACCCUUUAUAGUGCACUCAAAGUAUCCCACAAUGCAUCACGAAAAGUAGUGUACAACCGAUAGUCACUAACCAAAGCAAUAUUAUCCCAUCAUGCAUUGUGGUUGCGCUGAAAGAAAUCAAAUUAAGUCUCAAAUUGAAUUUAAUAAAAGAAGAAAGUAUUCAGCCUUGAUUUAAAAGAACUGAAAGAUGCACGUACUUUGUAUUGAUUAAUGUGGGAAAUGCGCUCAGUAUAAUAUGGAUUUAUCACAAAAAUACAUGCAUGUAUUUAUUAUUUUGAAACCCACCAGCCGACUGAUCUGGCACGUUUUAAUUGUGCGACAGUAAUGACGUAAAUAUCAGCGCGACGGACUAGUGUCCGAAAGGGUUUUUUUCAUUUUACCAAUGAGCUCACUAUAUAGUACUCUUCAUAGUAAUUCCCUAUAUAGGGAGUAGGGAGUCAUGAACGAGUGAGCGAUUUUGGACACAGGGUUUGAUUUCCGCUGUACGUUUUACUUCUGUCCUACUAUGUCUCGCACAGGUCUCAACGAAUCUCAUUUAUGGCCAUUGCUUUGACAUAUGGACUGAUAUAUUACAUAGCAUAUUUCAAACACUUGUACCUUGCUAGCAGUGACAAAAUAGCGAUCAAAAUGCAUUCCUGUAUUUAAUAAAAUGAGAUAAAUAGAAUUUUGAUGAUAAAAAAAUUUGCCUUCAGGUCCCCUUUAAUUGGUUUAUCUUGCUUCAAUAUGCAGAGCUGCAGUCGACAAAAGAUGGCUAUUCGACAGACUAUUAUCUGUUCAAAGUAAAGUUACAUAUUUCAUAAUUUCAAAACACUAAGAAGGCUGUAAUCAUCUAUCAUGCAUCAACUCUGUUGUAAAAUUUACAAUUUAUUUAAAAGUAUAUUUUUUCCAUUUCCUUAAGCAUUUAUGUUCUACAUUAUUUAUUUUU